AUGAUUUCUUGUGAGUACAUCAACGAGUGGUACGAGUGGCUGGACUCUCAUACGAUCAUCGAUUGGAUUCUUUCCUGGAGUUCUUUAGACAUAACUCAACUACUAGCGGAGAUUCUCGGACUUCUUUACUGCAUCAAUUUUUCGCUGCAAGUUUUGAGGCGACGGACGAUUUCAUUCAACUUGCAGAACAAUUCAAAGGGAACCCAGACUAUUCUAUCCAUCGUUCCGACAAAACAAACUACGGAAAGAAGAAGCUAA